GGUUGCAGCGGUGCAUUCAUUAUUUUCUUUCCAUUACAAAGAAGACCAGCAUCCAUACUUUCUUUUCUUUUCUUCACAGUUUUAGUUCGUUCCAGGCCAAUUGCAUGCAUUGUAUGUCUGCCAAAAUGGUUUGCGAAACUAAAAUCGUUGCAGACGAACAAGAGGCCAUAGCUGGGAGUAAAAAAGAUUCAAUGAUCGUUUCCUCUUCGCAAAUGUGGACGUCUUCUCCCAGUGUGCACGACAGCAAGGAUGAAAAACGGAAUCAGGUUUUUAUCCGCGAGUUUGAACAUUCUGACCAUGAGGAGGUGCGCCGGAUCUUCAACGAGGGAAUCAUGGAGCGCAUACCCAAUUCGGCAUUUCGGGGUCUAAAACAACAAAAUAAAAUCCAAUUUAUCUACGCCUUUCUCACAGUAAUGUGCUAUGUUAUGACCAAAUCCUUCAUACUGACCUUCUGCACACCCUUUAUUCUCAUGGGUGCACGUUAUUACUACAGCAGAAAUGUCAUACUCAACUACCUGGACUGCGCUCUGCACACUGAUAUGGCUGACAUAGAGGCAUAUUACAUGAAACCCACAGGCUCUUGUUUCUGGGUGGCAGUUUUGCAAGGCCAGGUGGUGGGCAUCGUAGCAGCACAUGGUAGAGAAGAUGACAACACAGUUGAACUUCGUCGCAUGUCUGUGGACUCUCGUUUUCGUGGUAAAGGCAUCGCUAAGGCUCUGGGUAGACGUGUUCUAGAGUUUGCCAUGUUAAACAACUACUCUGCUGUGGUUCUGGGAACGACUGCAGUCAAGAUGGCCGCCCACAAGCUGUACGAGUCAUUGGGUUUCCGGCGAGUGGGAGAGAAUAAGGACUACACGCUGCCAGGGAUGACCCAUUCACUGCUGGAGAGGCUCUUCUUCCAGAUCCGCUACAGCCGGUACAGAUUACAGCUUAACGAAGAGUGAGAGACAUAGAGUUAACUUGAGCGUGCAAGAUAGAAUAUAAAAGAAGCCGCUGGCAAUGACCCUGAACCUCCCACUGACCCGGUCCUCUUCUACCUAUUUAUUUAUGUUUUUUAUUUAAAAGAGUCAAAUCUGUUCUUACAACUUUUAUUUUUAUUCAUACUUAUUUUUAUUCUUAUUUGUAUUGUUAUAUUAAUUUUUAAGGGGGUUUAGUGGACAUUUCAUUCCUUUGAUCCUGUUUCUGCUCAUAGUCUUUCUUUUCAUAGUCAUCUUGUCACCUUAAAACACCAUAAUCAAGUAAAUAUCUCUAAAGAUUUUAUGUUGUUAGGAUAUGAAUGGAAAUUUGUUUACAGUUACAAAUAUCCUUCUAAAAACAUUCUGCCUCUGACCCUGAUCCAUAGGGUAGCACAGACCAAUCUUAAAGAUCAUCAAGCAGUGGACGUAGUAAACUUUGAUCCACCUUUUCUGAUGCUACCAUCCUCUUUUGGCAAUAUUAGCAGUCUGGUGGAAUCAAACAGUCCAUAAAAUUUGAACUUUUAGUCCGAAGCACAGCAUGUCUAUUUUUAACUGUCUAUCUGACAAACAAAAAAGAAAGCUCAAAAUCUGGUGAGUAUUAAAAAGUCAGUGAUUUAUAUCCCAAAGCUCCUAGUGUUGGUUGAGCAGGUUCCAGUGUUAAGCCACAGUAUCUUAGAAACCACAAGAAAUAAAUUAAAGUUCUUUCAUGUUGAAGAAAAAUCUUUAUCUACAAAUUUGGCUGACAUUUAAAUUUAUUUUGGCGGAAUUAAUACAUUGCCAUCAACUAAUUUGAGCACAUACAGCUUUAAUAGCCAUUUGAUUUAAAUUUUGUAAACUUUUUUCAUCCUUCAGGUUGGGGAGAAAAUAGGAUUUACAACAAAAGUUCUGAAUUGUAGUAAUGAUUCCCCAUCUGAUAUUGCUCCUUCACUGCAAUAUCUAAAAUCUGGAAAACAAAUGCAAUCAAAUAUGACUCACACAGUAUUCAAAUUAAACUUGGGUGGCAUAAUAGCUGCAAUCUGAUGAUGGAACUUAAAUUAAACUGAGCACAAAUAUAAAUUUGUAUAAAUAUAAAAGAUUGACUUUACAAGUAUACAAUAUAGAAGGCUUCAUAUUCUGCAACUAAUCAAUGUAUAUUUAAAAUGUUUGAAUACAUAUUAAUGACACCCAUAAUCUCUCUCCAUCUCCAUUCUUCUAUCACAGUACCAGCAGAGGGAGAGAUACAAAUCACAAUGAGCCUCAUCUGUGACAUAACGUUGUAUAAAGUUAAGCAACUAAAUGUGAUUAAAAAUACAUAGAAGUAACUUGUAGUGCAAAAAACAUGAACCUCGUUAGUUUUCCUUGACUUGACUUUAACCCCACCCCUUUAAAAAAUCUGACUGCAACCCUGGGCCAGACCCCUCCCUCCCUUACAUCCCCACCCUUCAACCCCAUCCACAUAACUGCAUGCACCACUGAGUCUUGUUGUGCUCCCUCUUUCCAUUCUAGCUUGUACUAUCGCCAUACUUCCGUCUUUGAUGUCACAGUAGCAGUGUGGAAAUGGCUUAGAAUGUGAGAUGGCCAGGGUCAGCCAAAUACUAGGACUACCCAAAAGCUUGCUGCUUCAAUGACAUCACAGCUUUCAAUAGUAGAAUGCAAGAGCAAUGCAAAUGUGUGGCAUGCCUCUGUACCUGGUUUGUGCAUACGGUGCCUGCCAUGGAGAAGUAAACUAUAUUAAAAAUAUGUAAAACAAGCUUCUUUUUUAACUGAACAUAUAACAAACAUUUGUGUUUCAUUGUUCAAAGAACUUGUUGCAUGAAACGUCUUUGAAUGAAAAAUGAGCAAGAAAAUACCAUCUUUCACAUGGCAAGUCUUAAAAUUGAAACUGUUUCUUUUUUUUUUUUUUUUGUACUUUUAUGUAAUUUCAGUUUGUUUAAACAUUUUUAGGCUGGUUAUCAUCUUAUUUUAGGAUAUUCUGAGAUUACUAUUUUGUUCUUUUUUUCUGUUUUUGUUUGCCUUGAUUUAUCUGAAUGCACUGUUUUUAUUACAGAUAAGUUUGGUGAUGCUUCUCACUUUAUUUGUGAGGGUGUCCCUAAUAGAUAGCAGUUCUCUUUGACACAACUUUGCCAGUUGCGUGUGCCAGUCAAAUUAGACAGCAUUCACCUGUCUCCCUUAAAAUUGACUUCUUAUUUAAUGGCCAGUUAAGCUGAAUUAAAAUGCACUGACAUCCUUAAGAGGAAGGUUCUGGGGGGAUAAAAUCUGUUAUAUGCUGUUUAAACUAUUGACUUGACUUGUGUGAGACAAUACUAAAAAACAAACCUCAUAUGUAGUAUAAAAAUAUUUUCUACUAUCAGGAGUUUACUCUAUUCCAUUUUUGGGAUCAAAUUAUCCUUGGUUAUUAUCCAAUCAACAGUAAAAACACUCAAACGUCUGCAUCUCAUUAUUCUGAAUGGGAUUAACCACAGUGCUGGCAGAUCUGAAUGUACAUGUCAAUCAGCAAUGUAGUACAUAUUUCAAAGAUUUAGAUUUGAACAGUGUUUGAGGAACUUGGGGUCUUUCACUAUGAGUGUUAAUAUUCUUCUGUAGUUCAUCUGCCUUGACUUAAAAACCCUUAUAUUAUUAUUCUGAAUGCAGUUAGCAUGGGAUUGGGGAUUACAGGUAUAAAGUGCAUGUAUUGCUGCCAGAUUAAAGAGAGCCUUAAGGCCUGGUAUACUUCGUUUUUGUGCGGUCUAGAUCAGAUCAUGCCCGGUUGACCGCAUUGCCUUUGAAAGUAUACUCUACUGACCACAAGCGAAUAAGAACGCCUUCGACGCAUGCCCACAACAACUGCUUUGAGAUACUCUUUUACUAUAGUCAGCGGCAGGUGGAUGUGCCGACAACGUGCACAGACAAGGACUGUCCACAUGUUGAGAAAAUCCAAGUAGGUAUAGCUGCAGUCCAGAGAUCUCCAAAUGGGGGGUGGGAUUACUCCAGAAGGGGGUGGGGAAAGGUUUAGUUGAGGGACUUCCUAUUUAUUUGCUGGCAGAUUGGGGUUCCUACCCCUUUUUGGAACACUGCCUGCAUCCUUCUCAGAAAAUCUGGAGCGAUCAGCAACGCAGACAACCGAAGUAUACAUUGGCCUUUACUGUAAUGUUAACAUUGCGAGAAUACCAUGAUCAUUGCUUGUGUUUAACUAACCUGUUGACCAGUCCCUGAUCAUGUUACUAGUUUUGCACAUGUUAAAGGCUGAAUUAAAUUGGAUGUAUGUAUACAGGUAGUGAUAUGUACUAGGAUAAGGGUUUUAACUAGUGAUUCAGAAGCAGCUAAAAUAAACAUUAAUGGGGUUUAAAGGUCACUAGGUAGUGUUUGGCUAAUGGAUUUCUCUGAAAGUAAUUUUGUUUUUUGACAGAUUUCUACUCAUAUGUCAUAAGAAUUAAAGAGCAUCCUUUGUAUAUACAUUUCUAGUGCAUCAGAAGAAGACUUAUUGAUGACGAUAAUGAUAUAAGGCAUUUAGAUUGACCUUGGAAACCUGCAUAGAGAUGGCUACUACAAUGUUUCACUUUACAGAAGAUAGGGAUAUCAGGGAAGAUCCACAAUGGUAGAAAAACUUGUUUCAUCACUGUCACAAUUUAGGUGAUAUAUGGUACAAGCUAACAAACCAAAGUGUGGAGCUGCUCCCAUCGUACGAUUAUUUUCUUUUAUUGGUUAAUUUUUAAGUUAUCUCUUUUUACUAAGAGUUUGUCUAACAUGCUUAUGUAUGAUCCGCUAUAAUGUAUCAUUAUUACUAUUUUUAAAGGUUAAAUUUGCCAAAGUUGGGAUGUUUGCUAUAUUUAGUUAUUUUGCUGUUUGUCUUUUAGAUGUACAGUUAUUGCCACAACUCCAUAUUUAUAGGAUUCUUUUAGAACUCAAGCCCAUGUGCCAUUUGAUUAAGCUAUAAAACAAAGUAUCACAGUAAAAAAAACAUGAGAUUAUAAAAGUGAUAAAAUGCUGUUUUCAUGUUCAAUCCCUCAUACUUUACUGGAGGUAUUCACUAAGAUGCUAUUAGUAUUGGCACAGCAACAUUGCCACAGGCAAGCAAAGGUCUGAGAAGAAGUGAAUGCAAUUUUUUUUAUUUUCAUUAUUUUAUAUUUCAGUGUUUCUAAUGGCAACCAACAUGUUUACUUGUAACUUGAAGUUGAAUUCUUUAGUUUACAGUGGCUUAUUGUGUUUGUGUGUACUGAUUCCCCACAAAUAAGUGAAAACUUUUGUGACUAACUGAUGUCGGGCCUCUGAAAGUUGUGUCUAGCUCUGAACCAUGAUUGGUACGUUUCGAAUAUCCAAAUUCUCCUAAUUCACAGGGAGUGCAGUCUAAAGCAAUCUGCUCUUGUUGCAUUUAUCACAACAGAGAAGUCAAUUUCUUCAAAAACUACACAAUUUCAAGCUUUUAUGAUUUUUCUUGAAGACAAAAAGAAUGAUCCUUUUUUAUUAACAUUGUAAUGGUAAAGUUAUAUGUAAUAAAUGUAAUUUCCUGUAUAUAGCAUUUGGGGACAUUUUAUGAUAAUGUUUGUAACAGAAACUAUAUGAAUAUAAUUACUGUACUUAUUUUAAGAUGUUUACAAAACAAAUGACACACUUUGGAAAACUACUGCAAACUGAGACACUUUUAAUCUAUACAGUUCACAUUUGUGCCAAUCAGAGCAAACACAACUUUCAGAUUCCCUGCCAUCCUCUCAGCACUGAACCUAUUAGCAGUUCAUAGAAGCAUUACUAACUGCAGGUGGGUUACAAAUGAUUGCAAAUUACUGCUAGUUUACAGGUAAAUCAUUGGGAAUACUUUGGAAAUGUAUGGCAAUUAUGAGGUAACUUCAGAAGUUAUGUAAUACUUAUUUUCUUUUCUCAAGAUAAACUCAUGUUUACUGUUUCUGGAGUAAGUUGGCUUCAUUUGUGCCAUUCAUGUCAGUGAGCUGAAUACAUUUCAGUUAUUGUCUGCCUGUAACUAUGGAAACAAGGCCACACAAAGCACAGCAGGAAAAUUAGAUGCAGCCAUACACAGGGGCAGGAGGUUUUGGCAUGGCAAAUCUGACCUUGCUUUACCUGUUUGGUCGCAGUGAUCAUCUGGUUGUAUUAGUUAGAAAUAAUUGUACUGCUUUGGUUUCUUUAGAUGUCCUUUUGUAGUAUUUUUCUUUUAUUUGCUGUAUACUUUGCCCCCUUCUUUUUCUUUCAGUUUUUUUUACACAGGAACUUUGUAAAGAUGUAAAGAAAUGUUUUCCUGAUUUAUGAAAGGAAAGGAUGUACAUACUGUAUCAAUUAAAGGAAUGAUGCAUAA